AUGAACACAAUCUCCCCACCCCCGCGCAUAGUAAAACGUCUCUCAGGCCCCAAACGCGUCUUCGGCGUCCUCGUCGGCAUAACCGGCGGCCUCACCGCCAACGUGCUUCUCGCCUACAGCGUAUCCUCCUUCUACACACGCAACACGAAAUUCAUCCCGUACGACACCUCGUCCCCCGACCUCGGCACCUCGCUCUUCCGCUCACACAACCCGCUGUCCAACCCACCUGGCUGCAUAGACCACGCCAUCAAAGAAAUCCCUUACGGAAAGCUACCGCAGAAAUACUGGAUACAGGGUGGUAGCGGGGGCAAGAUAACGGUCGAUCAGCGGGCGCUGACGACGGACUUCUGUCGCGGGGUGUGGAGUGGAGUUGCAUUUAGGGUUCAAAGACGGUAUCUGGAGCGCAAGUAUCGCGCGUUGGAGGGGCGGGAUGCGCAUCUUUGGGAUGUGAAGGAUUUGGCGAAGAGCGAGUAUCCGGUUGGAACGGGGAUUGUGGAUCAUUUUGAGGUUGUGGAGCAUACGGAUGAUAAGGACCACAGACCCUCCGAUGGCUUGUUUUCAAUGGAGGUUAGUAAAGAUGAUGAGGCGCAGGUGGCGACGUUUCAUCUCAAGUCGGUGUUUGUGAAUACGACUGAGGGAGGCAAGGGCGCGGAGCCGUUGCCGUGGAACUUUCAGUUUGCGCAUAGGUGGUAUACUAAGUUGUGGAUGGAGAGUGCGACGAGGAAGUUGAUUAAGGAGGCGUAG